AUGAUUUCGCUGGCGGUGUCCAUUCUGCUUCUCGCCUCUUCUGUGGCUGCGGUGCCAGCUGCCGAGCGUGCCGUCUGUAGCACGCCGACGUAUGUUCCAUACAACAACGACAAGCUCCCGAACCCGUUCCUCUUCGACAAUGGUCAACCGGUGCGGACGUUUUCUGACUGGGACUGUCGUCGUUCCCAGAUUGCAUCGUUGAUUCAAGGCUACGAAGCUGGUUCACUGCCCGGAAGGCCCCAGGUUGUCAAGUCCGCUUUCUCCAGGCAGGGUACCAAUGCCAACUUCACCGUCACUGCUGGGUCUUCGUCAAACACAAUCUCCUGGGUGAAUACUAUCACAUACCCGAACACCACUGCGCCGCAAGGCGGAUGGCCAGUCGUCAUCGCUUACGAUGGAUUGAGUAUCCCCGUCCCUCCUGGGGUCGCAGUCUUGACAUACCCCAACUCCCUCAUCGGCCAACAGAACAGCAGCCCCGCUAGUCGUGGGGUUGGGUUGUUCUACAACCUGUACGGCAAUGUCACCGCUAGCGCUAUGACUGCCUGGGUAUGGGGUGUGAGCCGUAUUAUCGACGCGCUUGAGGAAAACGACUCUGCCAAUCUCAACCUUGCGAAGAUCGCAGUGACGGGUUGUUCUCGUGACGGCAAGGGGGCGCUAAUGGCAGGUGCAUUCGAGCCUCGCAUUGCCUUGACGAUUCCUCAGGAGUCCGGCUCCGGAGGCGACACUUGCUGGCGCUUAUCCAAGUACGAACAGGACAGUGGCGACGUCGUCCAGCAAGCGACCGAGAUUGUGAUGGAGAACGUUUGGUUCUCUACCAACUUUAACAACUACGUCUACAACAUCAGCCUGCUCCCGUACGAUCACCACAUGCUGGCUGCACUUGUCGCACCUCGCGGUCUUAUUUCGUACGAGAACACCGAUUACGAAUGGCUCAGCCCACUGUCUGGGUACGGCUGCAUGACCGCCGCCCACACAGUCUACGAAGCGUUGGGCAUCCCCGAGUAUCACGGUUUCGUUCAGGUUGGCAACCAUAGCCACUGUUACUUCCCGCCCACUUUGGAAGAUUCGUUGUUUGCCUUCUUCGACAAGUUCCUGCUUGACCAGCCCAACACGAACACGAAUUACUUCUCCACUAACGGGGUGUUCAACGGAACCGUGUGGGAUCCAAGCUACUGGAUUAAUUGGUCGACUCCUACUUUCUUUUGGUAA